AGUCAGGGCAAUUGCAUAACAAAAGCUUCAUCUGGAAGCACCCAAAUAGUUUGAGAAGAUAUAUCACUUAUUAAUUCCACUAAUUUCAGCAGUCUUUGACAAGAAAGAAAUCAGAAGACUAAAGACGUUCUUUUGGAAGCUACCUUUGGCAUGAAGAUGGGAGAACAUGGUUUAGCAGGACCUCAAGAAGAAAAUGGCCUUGAAGUAGCUGAGCCUGCAAGUAAUAACAAAUUCUGGGAAAGAACAGUGCAAAAGAUCCUGGAUGAGGAGGACCUCAUCAGCUCAGCUGUACGGUGCCAGGCUUUUAGGCGGUUCCGCUACCAGGAAGCUGAGAGUCCACAGGAGGUUUGCAAUAGACUCUGCCAUCUUUGUUGUAAGUGGCUGAAGCCAGAGCAAAACACAAAAUAUCAGAUCCUGGACCUGGUGAUCCUGGAGCAGUUUUUGACUAUUCUGCCACAGGAGAUUGAAAACUGGGUCAGAGAAUGUGGACCAGAAACCAGUUCUCAAGCAGUGGCUUUAGCAGAAGGCUUCCUGCUGUGUCAGGCAGAGAUCAAGGCACAGGUAGAACAGACAAAGGGCUUUUUAGCAGACUUGGAUAGCUCUGAAAUGAAGAAGGUUCCACUGGACACCAAGCAGAAGCCACUGUGCAGGGAAAUAUCUGAAAAGAGUAAAAGAGGUACCAGCUCCCUGGAUCAGAAAUCUGGCCUGCAUUUCGUGCUCAACAUGUAAAUUCUUUGUUCCAGUUUUUGGACAGUUUGAUCAAAAGAUAAAGCAUCUUCAUAUCAUCCUUGACUGCCUUACAGGUGGUGAAAUGACACUCACAGUACAAUCCAGGUUGCCUAACCCUCACAGUGGAAUAGAAAUUGCUUCUAUGCAGCCUGUGCAGGUAAGGAAUCAUCAGAGAGAAAGACACAAGACAGCUGAAGUAUAUCUGUCUGUCCUUGGCACAUAACCCUGGACAUAAAAUAAUUGGUUUAUUUCUCUUUCCUUGCCUUCAUAUUGGGCUAUGAGUAUCACAUGUGACAAUUUAAAUCCUGCUGAAUACCACCCCAAUCCUUUUGCAUUGUGCUGGAAGGUGAAGAACCUAUGCUUUAUCUGUGGGAGAAAAUGUUUUCUUUCUGUUUCAGGGUCCGCUGUCCU